AUGCAUGAAAAGGCUGUAUUGGAGCGUCUUCAAUCCUAUCAGCUGAAUGAAGACUCGGCUGAGGAUGAAUUCGUCCACGUCGGCGACGAGAAGGCCAGCCGCGAUGUUCGCCUCGACCGGCAUGCCGAGGGCCUCCCUGUCUCCCUCAUGGCGUCGUGGCAGUCGAGGCUCCUCGACGACCCCAAGAAUAGAUUGGCGCUUUCGGCCCUAAGCGCUAACAACCCCAAGGAGAUCCUGACACAGCGCUCGGCCAAGAUCGAGGAUCAGCAGGUCUUUAAUAUCAAGAUCCCGUUCGAGGGCGCGCCCAUCACGAACCAGCGCUCGUCGGGCCGGUGCUGGCUGUUCGCCUCCACCAACGUUUUUCGUGUCGCGCUCAUGAAGCGCUACAAUCUUGAUUCGUUCGAGCUGUCGCAGGCUUACUUGUUCUUCUGGGACAAGCUCGAGAAGUCAAACUACUUUCUUGAGAACAUCAUUGAUACUGCGAAUGAAGAUCUCGAGAGCAGACUGGUGCAGCGCAUUCUAGCUGAGCCUGUAUCCGACGGUGGGCAAUGGGACAUGGUCUAUAAUCUGGUCGAGAAAUACGGCUUGGUUCCCCAAGCUCUUUAUCCCGACAGUUACAACGCUAUGUCGAGCGGCACCGUGAACUACAUCGUCAUCGCCAAGUUGCGUGAGUACGCACUCACCCUGCGAAAGCUGCUCAAAUCAUCCACCACAACAGCCGCAACCCUGGCUGUUACCAAGCAGAAGAUGAUGCGAGAGAUCCAUCUCAUCCUGACUCUUACUCUUGGUCCACCCCCUAGCUCCACGGACAAGUUUGAGUGGAACUUCAUCGAUAAGAACGGCAAGGCACGAUGCGUUCGCGCGUCGCCCCUGGACUUCGCAAAGGACAUCGCGUCUCCUGAAUUCCGUCUCACCAACUAUUCAGCCAUCUCCAGCAUGGUUUCGCUCGUCCAUGACCCUCGGCAUGAACCCCUGACGCUGAUGACUGUCGACCGGCUGGGCAAUAUUGUUGGCGGCAGGGGUAUCACUUACAUCAACGUGUCCAUCCCAACAUUGAAGCAGGCUUGUAUUUCCAUGCUCAAGGCCGGACUCCCCGUCUUCUUCGGCUCCGACGUGGGCAAGUUCAGCAACUCGACGUCGGGCAUCAUGGACCUGAAUCUCAUCGACUACGAGCUCGGCUUCAACAUCAACAUGCUUGGCCUGGACAAGGCGGCGCGGCUACGCGUGGGCGAGUCCGCCAUGACGCACGCUAUGGUUUUGACGGCGGUGCAUGUGGAUGGCGAAGGUAAAAGCGUCAGGUGGAGAGUGCAGAACAGCUGGGGUGAGGCGGCCGGCGACAAGGGCUGGUUUGUCAUGUCGGACCGCUGGAUGGACGAAUUUGUGUACCAGGCUGUUAUCGAUCCUAGGUUCUUGGUAAAGGAGGUCAAGGAUGUGCUUAAGAAGGAACCUGUCGUUUUGCCGUUGUGGGAUCCAAUGGGGUCUUUGGCUUGA